UCCCGAGGGAAGAAAUGGCAUUUUCUCUCCCCCUUCCUACCCACCCCCCCAGCACUGGUGUAUGGGCAGAGGCGUCUGCCGAGGGGCUAAUUUCGCGUUCCUUGUUUAUGAUCGAGAAAAACGCUUGGCUCUUCCCAAAUGGGCCUAGCUCGCCGCCUGCUCGGCCGCCGCUCUCAGGCUGGCUGCUGCGGCGCGGCCAGAGGGCUGACGCCUCGGGGAACCAAGCUGUGGCGGGCCUAGACCGGAGGCCGUGGGAUCUGAAAAGGGCAAGGGGAGUACUGUGGGACUUGGAGGGGCCCAGGAGGCCCGAAAAUGGGAGCUUUUCUUCUGGAGUAUUGUGGGAACCGCCGACCGGUGAGGCCUCGAUUUCUCUUUCGUCUGUAUUUUGUCCACCCACGCCCCUGUGGAUCGCGGCAGUGUCGAGGGUGUUGUAGGGGGGCACAUGUCUCCUUUGUUCGUCCCCUAAAGAAAACCGUUUCCGGAGAGGACUAUUUGGGCCAGUAUGAUUCACCUGGGAUAUUGGAGGGCCCCCCUCCCAUCGGAGGGGCGGGCCUGGGCGAGACUGGGGUAUUUUUCUAGGCCCAAGGGGAUGUAGUGUAAUGUGCUAACCCAAGAGAUGUCUGGGUGCUAGGGUGCGAGGUUAUCAGCUAACAGCAUCACUUUGAGGUAGUGUUGUAUUUUUAUCGAUUUCCUGUCCUUUUCUUCGGCCCCCACCUUUCUCUGUGCCUGAUACUCCUCAUGAGACAGGGAUGUAGAGAACACAUAGUAGUGGUUUUCCACUUGCUCUGUCUGCCCAGGGGAUAAAACAGUCCUGUGCUUCCGAGUUACUGUUUUCUUCCCCUUUUCCCUCUCCUCUGACACUCAAGCAGAAACACAAGAGGGGUCACCAGUGGCAACCCUCAACUCCAGAUCCUCUGUUGGUGUGGUCCUCACUGCAGGAGAGCUUUUCUGUGAUUAUCUAAUAAUAGCCAGGGUGGCUGAGAAUAGACUCUGGCUCAAGGACUCUGCACACCCAGACCAAGAGACUGGGCAGAAACACAGAUCUGUGGAUCAGCGAGGCCUGGCAACUUUCCCCAGAGCCCAGGGCCCCAGUGUUCCCUCUGAGCCCACUUUUUGGACACCCUCAGAUGUGCCCUUUGUAGGGCUUUGUCAUUCCGGCCAUCCACUCUAUUUCAUGCACCAGUUCCUAGCUAAAGAGAAAUGGGCAGAGCAAACCCUUUCCCUUCUUGGUCUGACAGUUGUGACCCCCACGGAGAAUGCAGAAUGCGACCUUGUUUGAAGAAGGCGACCUUGUUGGGUUGGCUGCUGUGUUCUGAAACCAAGCUCUGUGGCUUUAUGCAUGUAUUAUAUACAGGCUCAAAUAUACUGGCGACUUAGAUUUAUGCAUGACUAUAUACUCAUGUUUCUUCAGUGCCUAAUUGUAUAUUACCAUGCCUAUAUUUGUUCAAACACCGUUUUAUGUGCAUGCAAAAUUUUGUUAGUCCUUACUAUUUGAGAGUGAGCUCAUGAGAGCUCUAGGUGCACUAAGGAUGCCCUCUGUGCUCUUCUGCUGGAAAUGUGUGUGUAUGUGCGCUGGAAUCGGCGUAUGCGGGGUUCCAGUAACCAGUGGAUGCUAGAAGGGCUUUCUUUCUCGGGCAUUACUGCUUUUACUGUUCAAGGUUUGGGAGAACACUAAAUCCUGUCUGCUUUCCCUCCUCAUCUUUCUAUGUACUCCUCAAAUUUCAGACUGUCUUAGAAGGAAAGCUCAGGCAUCUUGAAAAUGAGAUUUAUCAGCUUGUUCAUGGGUGUCACGGGCCUGUAAGCUGUUCUGAACAGCCAGGGAUAGAGUCUGACUCUGAAAGUUUCCCUGGGGCUGUGAAGGGAUUAGAGUGGUUUAGUAAAGUAGCCUUCAGUAGUGGUCUGGAAUGGCUUUAGCCAGGGUGCUUAGAGACGCUGGUGAAUGAAGAAGGCAAGCCAGAACUGAUAAGGUGAACAUCUCUCCCUCUCCCUAAACUCUCUGCCUAUUCAUCGUACUUCAGACUUGCCUGUGUCUUAAGGGCCAAUUAGAAGUUCUCUAGAUCCCCUAGAUAUCCAACUCUGGUUACUUGUGUCACUGCAUUUGAAUUCGGUCUGCUGCCUGAGCUGCUGUCAAGGCCAGGCCAGCUGAGAAAGCUGGUGGAGGCUCUUUGGGAGCCUCCAAGCUGGGCUUUCCUGGCUGGGGCCUGGGGAACUAAGUAUGUACGGCUGCCGGGAAUUAACCGGCCUCCUUUCUCAUCCUUUCUUGCUUCCAGGGCCAGGAAAACAGAACGGAGGGGAAAUAAAUGUCAAUGGAAAGCCCUAUAAAAGAAAGUAAGGGCAGGAACAGGGCUAGGGGGUUUUCCCCAUCCACUCCCAAAGCACUCAAGUCCCUCCCAGGAAUUUCAUGUCCAGAGAAGCUGUGCCCAAGAAUGCAGUUUUCUUCUACCUUCCUUCUGCUGUCACUGAGGGCUGCCUUGGGCUUUUGACUGUGACCACCCCAUUGGGGCACUGGGGUGACAUUACCCCAGAAUGGAGCCCUUUACCCAGCCCAGGGCCUCUGCCACGGUGCUGCAGCCGCCUCUGUUUAUUGUGUCUGUGACUUGUUUACUUGUUUUGUCUGCUGCCACCCUGCGUCUGAAACCCGCCAAACCAGCAAAUUUGCCUUGGAGAACAAAGUGCUGGGCGAUCCUGAAUUCCCAACCCCUGCUAGCACCCCUCCUGCCCAUUCCAGCUCCUUCAUUUUUACUUUCCGAGAGGAGGAAGCAGAAAUUGUCCUAAAAUAGGGCAACUGUUUAUAGGGUCAAGGGAAUUAUGGGGACACCAUAAACCUCUGGGUAUCCUAAUGGUAGAGAGACUUAUGAGCAGACCUCCUCUUGCCUCUAGUUUUUCUUCCUUUUCCCUGGUAACUGCUUGGGUAAGGGGGCCAGAAUCAUUGAGGAACUUGAGCCCUCCUCAUUAGACUCCUCCAAUCCUUUCGGCGGGAGAUUCCCGGAGACAUGGUUGUUGGUUUUAAAUCAGGUUAAUGUUGGAGGAUUCAUAAAGCUAGAUAAAGCACGUUGAUCUUCUACCUUCAUUUUCUUCAACCUCCUCCCCAAAUAGCAGCAAAUUUAAACAAAUCUUACAAAAUUAAAUUGCCCUUUCCCUAAAGAUCCUGUAAAUCUCCAGUCACCCCAGGUGUAGAGUCAAUGAGACUGGUUCGCCUUUAAUUUUGCUCCUGGCUGUCAAAUCUAAGAAUAUCAUCAAAGUAAGAAAUACUCUUGUUUCUGAAAUUAACUUCCUCUUCCCCAUUUCCUCUCUUUUCACCAGCAUAGGUUAAAUGGUCCUUUUAGAUUACAAACAAUAAAGGAUAAAAUUAUUUGUAGGGAAAUAAGGAUGAUGUUUUAUUGUUGGCUUACUGUUCCAGAGCAUAAUAACAUUUUAUUUUCAAGUGGGAAAAUUUAGAUCAGGAAGAAAAAGAAAGGAGAAAAAAAGUGAAAAGAGGAUAUGUGUAUCCACACACAAAGCUUCUCCUGCUAUACAUAACAUCUAUGACAUUUACAAUUUCCCUAUGACAAUUCACUAUGAUGUCAUAAAUGCCAGGUCCUUGAUUUUUACAAUUCUUAUAAACCUCCAGAAUGGGCCCAAGCAAUGUUCUGCAUUGAGGAGCAUAAGAAAACCCAGAAACUGGAGAUCCUUUGGUCUAGUGCAUGGCAGUACACAGUUUCUGCCCCUCUUUCCUCUUCUGAUAACCUCCUGAGGUCCAAGGCUAUUCUAAAUAAUGUGAAUUUUAACUUUGCCUCCUUAGCCAAAUAGAGAGAGUUGCUUUGCCUUCCUGAAGUAUCCUAAGGUGGCUGAGGUCCUUCCUAGUCCCCAACAGGGAUGAGAUCCAGGGUUCCCAAACUUUCCACAGGCCGCCUCCUCAGCUGAUACUCAUCUGCUUGGCAUAAAGGUGGAAGACUUGAGAGCUAGGCCCCCCAAAGUUAGGAUUUUUUCGAGAUGGAGACAGAAGAGGGCUCAGAAAAGGGCUUUCUGGGUGUAAUGGAGCAGAGAUACUUGAGAUCUAUUUUAUUUUUUAAUCUUCAUGGAGAGAAGCCAGGAGUUGAGAUGCCAGACAGAAUACCAGUGUGAGAGGUUGUGUUUGCUGAUCUUAGCAGCAGUAAGUAGGGUGCCAGAAAGGAAAACCCAGGCAAAAAUACAGAAAGAAAAAGGAGAGAAAAUAUGUCAUGAGUUAGUAAAGUCCCUCCAUAUACCCUUUUUCUCCGUUGAAUUGCAAUAAAGCAAAAGUAACUCCAGCAGUCUUUCAACCUCUUCUUAGCUCAAAAAAGGAGUCACUAGUGCAGGCCUCUGAGGUGUUUGGGGCAGCUCUAAGCAGUUUGAAAUGCCCCAUCUGGCCCCUUCCUCCUCCUCCUCCCCUCCCAACGGACCCCCAGUUCCCUUCAGCUGGUUAGCCUAAAUCUUGUGCACAGAAUAUCAGCACCCACAAAUGGCAUCUGUUUCCGGGUUGAAUGUGUCAAAUUUCACUUUUUCCCAAGUGUCUUCAAGCCUGAACUUUGAAAGGAAGAGUGUUCCUGUGUGGAAUGCAGUCUGUAUAUGAAGGGAGCACUGCCCAGAAAAUUUCCCCACAUCUAUGAAAAACUGGGAGCCCCUUGGAUUAGCCAUCUUUGGAGUCCCUAAGCAGUUCCCUGGCAGACUGUGAAGCUCUCUGCAAUCCUUUCACUCCAUUCUAAGGAGAUCAAAGGAGCUGGUACACAAAACACCAGCCAUUUGGGGUAGGUUUAUUUUUUAAUUUUAAAUAAAAAAUGUAAUCAUAAACCAGUAGGACCCGCUAAGCAUUCACUCUAGAACAGCAAAGCCUUAACCAAACAGAGCUCUUUUGAGGUGAGCUGAGCAAUUAUUGAAACUCGGUUUUCUCUGUAAGAGGGAUUUUGGCCUUUGCCCAGUGGUAUAAAAGAAACUGACAGAGCAACUGCUUUUCUCAGGCUCUGGAAAAUUAGGGGUGGUGUUGGGCAUUCUGGCAAGAUGCAGUAGCUUCUAGGCAGCCAACUGCCUUGCCCAUGGAGCACUGAGUCUUGCAGCUCCAGGGUUGGGGUCCCUAAGCAGCUUCCGGAGGCGCCAAGCUGUAGUUAGUUGCCUGCCUCCCGCCAGCGGCCAGGAAUGGAAUACGUGUAGCAGUGCAAGGGUGAGUCACAAACGUCCUGGCAGAGUUAGAGAUCUGGAGAGACAGAGAGACAGACACAAGGUUGUCCACCAAAUAAAAAUUGUGGAUCUCAUCCUGCUCACUUCCAAGUGACUUGCCCCACGAAAUUAAAUUGAUAUAUUUCCCAGAGCAGAGUGAAGUGCCAAGGCAAGCAAGGGAAGGCCUGCCCAAGAACCUCUUCAUGGAGGAGAUCAAGUCCCAGCCAUCCCCUCUGCAGUCCGGAGCCCAGAAACUCCCUAGUGUUUCCCUGUUCUUGAGCCAGGCAAGGCUGGCUGAAAAAGCAGCGCUUAAUGCACCCUAGGAAAUCCCCAAAUGCCCAGUUCCAGUGCUACCUUUAGCCUUGGGGGGACUCCUGGCCAGUGGCUGCACCCCACUCAGGCCCUAGGCACAGGCAGUAAAUUCCUCUCCUAUAAUUAGUGCUCAUGAAAAGCAUGUGUUUAGAUCGGUGAGAGGAGGACUGGGCAGUGACUGAGCAAACUUGCCUUCUUUAUUCCUUUUCUUCAUUUUUGAAUUUACUAAUUACAGUUCCAAAAGCAAAACCUGCUCUUGACACCAGGCUCCCUAAUGUGGAAGGCCUGGGGGGGGGUGGCGCAGAGCAGCUCAGAGUACUGCUGGCCUGAUGGGGGUGUUCUCUCAUUUCUCUUGGCUUGUUUUAUAGAAACAAAGAGAGAGUUCACUCCCUCCUCCCCAAGACUUCUGCAUAUUUACAGAGCUCAACUGCAGUUUUAAUAAAACAUCUGUUCUUGCUUCUGCUGAUGAAUUUCCAUAAUUGUUUUCAGACAAAUUUCACAGGAAAAUAUAAAUAUAUCUAGAAAAAUCCAAGUCCCAGCUGCCCCCCAUAGCCAUUCUUUGCCAAAAGAAUUAAAAUGAACAUGGAAUUAAAAAGGAAAAUAAUGUCUAGUGGAGGAAAGAUCGGACUCAUUUGACCUGCUCUCCCCCCUUGGAGCGAAUCCUCCGACAAAAUUUCAGCUGCAUAAUUAAAGAUCUGACUGAAAGGAGGCUUCUUUCCCCAGGAACGUAAGGUGACAGAGGAGAAUGUGUCGGAAAUUAAUUUUUCCAUAAGUAUUUAAGCAGUGGGAAAUGUAUUUGUAUUUCUGUUUCCCCUCCACUCCCCCUUCCAGCAUUUCUGCUUUUUUCUCCCAGCAGCUGGUUUCUGUUCAUUAUAAAUCGGCGAGACCUUUCAGUCUCUGCCCUCUGUUUAGGGACGUAAUAAAACACUUAACUUUCCGGGCCUGAGACUUACAUUCUGCUCUUCAGGUCGCCCACCCCCGAAGCCCACCACCUUUAGGCCCCAAAAGAGAGUGUACGCAACUUUGGGGCCCCUUUCCUCUUCAGAUCUGGUUAAGGAGGGGCUCAGAGAAACUCAGGCAUCCUUGCUGGGGGGCUGAAGCACACAAGCUUCCCAACAAGCCACUUCUUUUCUUUCAAGGUAUCCAUAAAAGCCAUUUUAAAAUACAUAGGAAAUCAACACUCAUUGAAAGCAAAACCUCAUUAAGGCAUCCUAUCUUCCAUCAUUCAAUUUGUUGUACAUUGCAACAAUUUAAUAUCUUGAAAGAAAUACCACUGACAUGAUUUAUCCCUCUAGCAAUCUUGCUCCAAAUGAGGGGGGGGUAACUGUUUCUUCUGGCCUCUUCUACUUGUUACACAGCUACCUUCAGGGCAGAAAAGGGUUGAGAACUAUGAGAGAGGCUACUUUUGUCCAGGGGUGCACUGACUUGUUCCUUAGCUCAGCCCCAGGGUACUCCCCUCCUUGUUUUUCCUCUCCCUCUACCUCUUGUCCUCCAGGGGGACUGGAGCCCCAACCAGCUGUUGGAAACCUCUGCCCAGGCAUGCUAUGAAUUUGAGGACAGCUGGAUUCAAGAGCAAAAAUUAACUCACAGUGGCGUUAUGUUUGUUAUACCUGCCAUGUCAUCCCCAAAAGAAAUAGCUCCUCUUAAAAAUUUCUUUUUAAUGUGAGUACCCUCCUCUAGCCUUGCAACUUUAUCACCUCAUGAAGAAGAAAGUGUAGUCCAAAGGAAAGAUCCUUUAUAAGGAUCUUUCCUUUAACAUUCUAAAUGCCAACCAAUUUCCUUUCUUUCUAAAGGAAGAGGGAAGGGCUCCGAUUUUAAAAAGGAAACACAAACUGGCAGAAAGACUCUUCCACCCCCUAACGAGGUUUCAUGUAUUAACUAACAUGUCUGCACCAGCUCCUGCACACACUGUCUGCUUUUGGGUUUGAAACUUUAUUUUUCCCCCCUAGCGACACUCCAGGGAAACCUUAACGUUAUAGAAGAUGAAUAAACGAGGUUUUUUUCCCAGCGUAGUCCCGUUUAUGGCUUUAUUGCUACCCAUUGAUUACUCCGCUUUGUUACACAGAAGGAAAAGAUCAUAAAAUCCAGGCGACAUCCGGGUUCUUAUUAUAGUCAGCACACACACACACCUCCCAAAAAAGUGAGGGGAAAAAUAUGAGCUUUCAUUGCUACUUGUGCACACAUGUCAACUGAAAGCAUUUUCUGCCUGUGUCAUGAUAUCAAAUUAAGUUUGGAUCUGGGGAAAAACUCCAUUUAUAUACCUUCAGCUAUUUCAGUUUGCCCACUGCAGCACCCUCUGAAACUUAGGACAGACCCAGCUGCCUUUUCCUAACAUUUUCUCCCCUAUUUUAGCCCCAAGAUGAGAAAAACUGGGCUAGAGGCUACUGAGAGUCCAGGGGUGGCUGGCACUUGGACAAGAACUCCCCUGGAGCCCUUUUCCAGAAUCCUCAAGCCUCAGAACUCAGGUCCAGGGGCGCCUCCCCUGGCAGGGCAGUGAAUCCAGAGGAGAUAGAAGGGUUCUGACCUCUGCAGAAGCUUGAGCCUGCACGAAGCUCACUGUCCAUCAGAACCCUACCAGUCCUCUCUGGCUGGAUCCUGUGUGAAUUAGCCCACCGGUCAUGGCUAGCUCCAAAUCAUAAAUUUUCACCAACAUAAACAGGAGUUGAUGUCUCUAAAAAGACUCUCGGAGUUUUCUUUCUCCUCCCUUUCUUCUCUCUGCCCCUUUUUCUCUCUUGUUUAAUGUAUUUGUAUACAUUUUCCCCUUUAGACAAAAAUGCUCUAAGAGUUUUCCCAAAAAGAGUGUCCUGAGGAGGAGGAGGAGGAGGAGGAGGCAGAAAGGGGCUGGGAGACAGAAAAGGACAGAGAUGCUCCCUUCGCCCACUUCAGCUAUGCCACCGUACACUACAGUCUCGCCCUCGCCCCUUAAACUUCAUGGCUUCCCAUAUAUCCUCUAAACUUGACUCAGUCACACUCUCUUUCCUCUGGGAGCCAUGCUUUAUGAAACUUCUUUCUCCUUUUGAUUUUUGUAAUUAUUAGAAAAAAUACCUCAGUUCAGUGAUGGAGACUCACUCUAUGGGGUGUCAAACCAGGAUUUGCUAUAGUAUUUGAGAACUCCCUGAGCUAGGAAGGAGAUCUUCCCAUGAAGAAAUCAGGAUGUAGUUUUAAAUGGAGCUGAUAUUAAAGAUGAAAUUAGAUUGAAAAUACAGGUAUUUCUUCCACCCAGGCUCUGGCAACAACUGAACAAAAUUAGCUUGGGUUGAGAGAUUUCCAGGAGUACAUCUCUCUUUCUGUGGGCCCAAGGCUCUACUAAAGGACAGACACCCCUGUUUUACCCCCAAACCAGUUCCUUUACACAUAUAUUUCAAAAAGAAAUCCAAGUCUUACUUUCAAAGCACACACUUAGUCUCAACUAGGGAAUCAACAGAAGCAGAAGCGAUUUUUUUCCCCCUUCUUGACAUCUGGCUUGUGAUUGGCUGGAAGGGGGUCAGCUGACUUUGUCAUUUUGUCUGUCCUGGAUUGGAGCCGUCCCUAUAACCAUCUAGUUCCGAGUACAAACUGGAGACAGAAAUAAAUAUUAAAGAAAUCAUAGCCCGACCAGGUAAAGGCAAAGGGAUGAAUUCCUACUUCACUAACCCUUCCUUAUCCUGCCACCUCGCCGGGGGCCAGGACGUCCUCCCCAACGUCGCCCUCAAUUCCACCGCUUAUGAUCCAGUGAGGCAUUUCUCGACCUAUGGAGCAGCCGUUGCCCAGAACCGGAUCUACUCGACUCCCUUUUAUUCGCCACAGGAGAAUGUCGUGUUCAGUUCCAGCCGGGGGCCGUAUGACUAUGGAUCUAAUUCCUUUUACCAGGAGAAAGACAUGCUCUCAAACUGCAGACAAAACACCUUAGGACAUAACACACAGACCUCAAUCGCUCAGGAUUUUAGUUCUGAGCAGGGCAGGACUGCGCCCCAGGACCAGAAAGCCAGUAUCCAGAUUUACCCCUGGAUGCAGCGAAUGAAUUCGCACAGUGGGGUUGGCUAUGGAGCGGACCGGAGGCGCGGCCGCCAGAUCUACUCGCGGUACCAGACCCUGGAACUCGAGAAGGAAUUUCACUUCAAUCGUUACCUAACGCGGCGCCGGCGCAUCGAGAUCGCCAACGCACUCUGCCUGACCGAACGACAAAUCAAAAUCUGGUUCCAGAACCGCCGGAUGAAGUGGAAAAAAGAAUCUAAUCUCACGUCCACACUCUCGGGGGGUGGCGGAGGGGCCGCCGCCGAUAGCCUUGGUGGAAAAGAGGAAAAGCGGGAAGAGACAGAAGAGGAGAAGCAGAAAGAGUGACCAGGACAGUCCUUGCCACCCCUCUCUCCCCCCUCGCUCAUCCCAGCUCUCCCCUGAUCACACACUCUGUAUUUAUCACUGGCACAACUGAUGUGUUUUGACUCCCUAAAAACAAAAUUAGGAAGUCAAAAGUGGACCUGAAAGUCAGCUCUGGACCCCCUCCCUCUCCGCACAACUCCUCACCAUGCGCCUCCUCCUUUUAGCUCUUUCUCGGUCUGUCUGCAGGCCCUUUCCCCCCGCCCGGGCCUGGGGGGCACAUUCCCUGAACCUCGCUUCAGACCCCACAGAUUUUCCUCCAAAUGAGGUCGUGCCCCACCUCGAACCCCCCUGCCCUCGCCCAGAGAGCCGGCUCCGGGCCUGAGGCCUCCACUCUAGGGCCUCAGAGCCUGGCCUGGCAGCCUGGGAGGGUGGGAGGCCUAAGGAGGGGCACCUUGGCCCCACAGAACCCCCAGGGCCUCCCCACAGCCCUCGCCCAGCCCCUCUGCCCCAGCAAAUGCCCAGACCAGGCAAAUUGUAUUUAAAGAUUCCUGGGAGUCAUUAUGGCAUAUUACAAACUGUGACCGUUUCUGUGUGAAUAUUUUUAGCUGUAUUUGUGGUCUCUGUAUUUAUAUUUAUGUUUAGCACCGUCAGUGUUCCAAUCUCAUUUUAAAAAGGAAAAAAAAAAGAGGGAAAAUUACAAAAAGAAAAAAGUGAAUGACAUUUGUUUAGCCAAGUAGGAGAAAAUAAAUGAAUAAAUAAAUAAGUCCCCUCGUGUUACCCUCCUGUACAAAUCCGACCUCUGGAUCCGUUCUCGAAUAUUUAAUAAAACUGAUAUUAUUUUUAAAAGUGUA